UAUAUUUUCGUGGUUAUGGCUGUCCUAGGGUUAGAAGCAGGAGUUGGCAUAUUGGCUAGAUUGCACGAGGAGCAAGUCGGCCCGGAGCUAAAGGAUACUCUGAACCGCACUUUCCUGGAAUAUUACUCUGUGAGUUCUCGAGAAACCGCAGCAAUUGACAGAAUGCAGAUUGAAUUCAGAUGCUGUGGAGCAAGAAGAUUCGAGGAUUGGUUAGCGAGCGAAUGGUUCAAAGAUGAACAAGUACAGCGUGAUGGAAGCUUAGUACCUGAUAGUUGUUGCAAAACACCCACACUACUCUGUGGAAGACGAGAUCAUCCAUCUAAUAUUCAAUACACGGGAUGCAUAUAUAAGUUUUUGGAGACGACAAAGGAACACCUGAUUAUCUUGGGAGCUGUCGGUCUCGGAUUAUCUGUUCUUGAAGUCUUCGGAAUAAUUCUUGGUUCCUGCCUUUAUAUAAAGUUACGGCAUGAUUUUGAUGACUGA